AUGGGCAAUUGUGUUCUCAAAUCAUUCGGAGAAGUUAAAGAAACGGUAAGAGUGGUGACGCCUGGCGGCGGCAUCAUGGAGCUAUCGCCACCCAUCACCGCCGACAGCAUAACCAAGGAAUUCCCUGGCCAAGCCAUUUACCGCACCCCGCACAGGCUCUCACGCCCUCUACUCCGCCACGAAAACCUCCGCACAGGCCACCUCUACUAUCUCCUACCCCGCAACAACAACAGCAGCAAGAUCAAUAAGAACAACAACAAUCUUGUAACACCUAUUGCUUCCUCUUCAUCGUCGUCGUCGUCGCCAUCUCCGUAUCGCAUGUCGUUCAAUCAGCAGAAGGCGUUGAAGAGAACCAACACGGGGGUGGCCCCGGCGCCACCGACAGUGUGGAAGGUGAAGCUAGUGAUAAGUCCGGACAAGUUGGCUGAAAUAUUGGCGCAGGAGGCUCCGACGGAGGAGUUGAUUGAAAGCGUGAGGACGGUGGCUAAGUGUGCUAAUGGGGUGUCGCCGUCGGUGACUAAUUCUGAUCGGUGCAGUGUUGUUAGUAGUUGCAAAGGAUCUCAAGUUAUGCUGAAGAUAGAUGGUGACCUCAGUAUUACUGUAUAA